UUCCAGCUCACUCAACACGUGCAUCGGACAGGGUCCUGAAAUGAACCGCUCGUUUUUUUCAAACGUGGUGCGACCAAACCUGCCCUUGAGGAAACCUUCCUCGAGCCCCGCGGGUUUUUCCGCCACGUUGCCGCCUCAGAGACAGCACAGCAUGCCCGUAGCUAGAGCCUUGCGCUCUGCGCCAGGCUCCUUUGGAGAAGGUCCCAUAAAUUCGACAGUCAAAAGGGAAAAAUUUGCAUUACUGGGUAGUGGCCCACCAUCACUGACUGUAAACUUCUGCAACUACUGUGGUCAGCAAGGAAUUUUUUGCUGCAAGCGGUGCAAGAAGGUGUUUUACUGCUCUGCUGCUUGUCAGACAGAGGACUGGAAGGCCCACAGACACGUGUGCAAGUUUGUUGAUCCAGAGGCUGUAAAAGGGAAACCAAAGGAAACCUCAGCUGUGCCAGCUACAGGAGACAAAUCCAGCCUAGGGGGGUUGAAGCAUGGUGAUUCAUGCAGCCUCCAGAGGGUUUAUUUUAAGGACUUGCAUGUAACUAAAAUCAUCAAGGGAACAGACAUCCAGGCAACUGUUGUAGAGUUCUACAGCCCUAGCAGAUUUUUCCUCCUUCCUCAAUCCCCCGAGGUGCUGGAAGCUCUGCGGAGCAUUAACACAGAGCUUCAGAAAACAUACAGCAGCUUCUCAGUGGCAACAUAUGUACCCUGUGUUGGAGAGAUUUGCGCAGUUCAGUUUUCCUGUGACAUGAACUGGUACCGAGGCCUAGUGCAGACUUUGGCUCCUGACCAGAAGACGGCUAAUAUCCUUUACAUUGACUUUGGCAAUGAAGAAAAUGUCCCAGUGGACAGGAUCAGAGGCCUUACUGCUAAUAUCAAGCCUGUUUGCCCAUGUGCAAUGGAGUGUUGUAUCAUUGGGGUAGUGCCAGUGGUGGGGAACUGGUCAGGCGAAUGCUGCAUUGCUGUGAGGCAGCUGCUGGCUGGCAAGAUUGUGACGGUUAGGCUGGUGGAAACAGUAGAUGGUCGCAUCCAUGCUGUGGAUAUUCUGCUUUCCAUGGGAAAAGAGUUGAGUGCAUUCCUCCUUGAACAUGGCUAUGCAGUUAAAGAACCAGUCAACACCACACCAACUAAGCAAGAUAUCAAUGCCAUGGUGAAUGCAUCCUUGGAGAACUUCAAGUGCCUCUCUGAUGGAAAAGAUGACAAUACCUGGGCUCAACCACCAGAGCCACUGACGCAAGCAGUGGGUGAUAAGGUGUCUGUUGUGGUCACCCACUUCCAGUCACCCGAUGAACUUAUUGUGCAAAAGGUGGACAACGCUGGAGUGAUUCAGGAUUUGCAGUUGAAGCUGAGGGAACACUGCUCUCAGGUUGCAGCCCCGCAGAACUUCAGACCAGCCCCUGGCACAGUAUGUUGUGCACAGUUCUCAGAGGACAAGCAGUGGUACAGGGCUACAGUUCUGGCUUAUUCAUCAAAGGAACGCGUCUGUGUGGGGUACCUUGAUUUUGGCAACUCUAAGGAGGUGGCUUUGGACCACCUAAGACCUAUCAGUACCUCACUGUUGGCCCUUCCCAUGCAGGCUAUGCCUUGUGGUCUAGCAGGGGUGCAGCCUGUUGGUGAGAGCUGGUCAGAAGAGUGCCUUUUGGCGCUGCAGCGAAGGGUGUCAAACCGAAUACUGCACAUUGAAAUCCAGGGUGCACACGAGGCCAAGGCCUUGGUGACCAUGAUUGAUGAGGCCAGUGAUCCACAGGCUAAUAUAGCUGAAUUGCUGAUAUCUGCAGGUUAUGCUGCACCAUGUCCUGUUACUACCAAUAAUGAGUCAGCUGCUAUUGCAGAAGCACAAGUGUGUGAGCCUCUGGUUUGGUCUUACACUGAACUUCCUUGCAACGGCCAGACAGUGGCGCUGCUAGCCAGUGUCGUGGAGAACCCAGGAGCGUUUUACUGCCGCAUUGACAGUCCUGCAGAACACCAGCGCCUGAAAGAGCUGGGGGCUCAGUUAAAGCAGCAUUGUGAGGCUGAUGCCUCACCUUUUGAGCCCAAGGUGGGAGAGCCUUGUUGUGCCCUGCUUUCUGAUGAUGGAGCAUGGUAUAGGGCUAUGGUAAAGGGACUGUCUGAUGACCAGGUAGCAGUGAACUUUGUGGACUACGGGUACAGCUUGACAGUUGAAAAGGGACACCUUCGAUCCAUUACACCCCAACUCCUGACACUACCCUUCCAGGCAGUUUGCUGCUGGCUUGCAGGUGUGGAGCCUCUUGGAUCAGAGUGGAGCAGUGAAGCUGUGCUGUGGUUCCAGACUCAGGUGGAUGGUGAGCAUCUCUCUGCACGUGUCCUUUCUCUCACUGAACAGGGCUACGGUGUGGAGCUGCAGAGCAGAGGAGUAAAUGUGACAGCUACCCUAAUUUCUGAGCAACUAGCCAAAGUUCCUGAAGAGACUGCCAAAGAAAAUCAUGGAGAGACAUGCUCUGCAACCAAACAAAUUGAGAAGAAAAAUGAGCAAGGUCAUUCAUGCACUCAAGUCUCCAAUCAGACAGAAGUAAUCUUCAAAGAGAUGCCACCUGAGGGGCAGACUGCGGUGGCAACAGAAGUGCCAUCUUUCCCAGUGGAGUGGAAGACAGUGGAGCUGCCGCUCAGUGAUACCUUCCAGCCUUAUUUUGCAGGCAUCAUUAGUCCUUCCCUCUUUUAUCUGCUGGGUCCCACCCAAGUAGAUCAACAAAAGCUUCAGGGGGUGGUGGUGGAGUUGGCUGCCUAUUGCAGCAACAGCCAGGCCACUUUAUCUUCAGCUGUGAAGAGCAGACCGGCUCCUGGAGCUGCCUGUUGUGCCCAGUUCUCAGCUGACAAUAACUGGUACCGUGCAGUGAUCCUUGAAGUCGAUGAGAAUGAGGUGAGUGUCCUCUAUGCAGACUACGGCAACAGUGAGAAGGUACCACUCUCCCGGAUCUUGCCCAUCCCUGCCUGCCUGCUGCAGCUUCCUUUUCAGAUCAUUCGCUGCACCCUUGCUGGUAAGGAGCACUUUCCAGCAGAGUGGCCUCAGGAAGUGCAGCAGAUGUUUCAAACUGUGCUGAUAUCCGGGGUCCUCGCCACAGUCCAGUACUUUGAUGGCUCGGCUAGUGUACUCUCCCUCGUUCUGCCCGCUGAGAAGGGUGGGGGAAACAUCACCGAAAUGAUCUUAGAAGCAUUACAUGCCCAGACAAAACGUAACCCUUGCACAACCCCGACCCAGAAGACUGAUGAAGGUGGCAGCAGCACAACUAUCAGCACUGCAGCUGCACCAGACAGUUCGAAGUCCAAGCCGAUACCUGAAAACCAAAAAGGGCCGAUUGGCACCGAAACUCUGGACCCAACAGCCGAGCAUCUUGAACAGAAGGAAGAUAUUUCUGCAGCAUCAGUCAGUGGUCUGCAGACCUCGAGCUGCUGCUGUCAGAGCCUAAAAGCCAAGAUCGAUGAGCUGGAAGUGCUGAUGAAACUGCAGCUUUCACUGAUGAAAAUGUUGGCUGGACAGAAGAAGUAGAAUUCACAGAGCAGUUCACAACUUAAGAAUGUUCAUGUUUUUGAAAUUAAGGAUUUUUUUGCAGUCCCGAUCCCCUGUUCAGAUGGGAUGUUCUACCUGACUUUUAUGUUUUAGUUUUACAUAAAACUUUGUGAAAAAAGACAA